AUGGCGUCCUCGAAGCCGGCCUGGAACCACGAGGUGCUGCUGCUGGGCGCCCUCUCGGCGCUGUCGACGCUGCGCGAGUCCCCGGUGCAGACGGUGGCCCGCUACCUCCUCGCCCUCGCCGUGGCACGACACAUCGCCAAAGCCGUCUACGGCAUCUUCAUCUACCCUUUUUUCUUCUCGCCCUUGAGGCACCUGCCCGGGCCAAAGGACCACCACUUCCUGCUCGGCGACCUCCUAAACCAGGCGCGCUCGGGGAACCCCAUUGAGCCGUACCUCUCGUGGACGCGCAAGUGGCCCAACGAGCCCUUCAUCAAGUUCACCGGCUUCGGCAACGCCGACUGCCUGCUCAUCAAUAGCCUCGAGGCCUACAAGGAGAUCUUCCAGACCAAGAGCUACUCCUUCGUCAAGGCCCAGUUCAACACGAGGGUCAUCGUCCAGGUCACCGGCACGGGCAUGGCCUUUGCCGAGGGCGAAGCGCACAAGUCUCAGAGGAAGCUGUUGGCGCCCCAGUUUGCCCUCAGCAACGUCAAGAGGGCGAUCCCGCUCUUCAAGAGCAAGGGAAAGGAGCUCAUUGAGCACUUCAACUCCCGCAUCAAGGCCCACGACGGCGUCACGGAUGUCUCCUCCGCCUACGGCCGCGUCACCCUCGACAUAGUCGCCUGGUUCACCCUCGGCAUCGACCUCGGCAGCACCCUCUCGACCUCGGUCUUCCACGAGGCCUACCACAAGAUGUUCGACCCCUCGGCCUUUGGCGCGUUCCUCAUGGUCAUGAACGCCUACGUCCCGGGGACCCGUAGGCUGCCCUUCCAGGAGAACCGCGAGUUCAACGCCUGCAGCGACGCCGUCCGCUCGCGGCUCAAGGAGAUCAUCCAGCAGCGCGUCCGGGAGAUCGACUCGGGGGACACCACCUCCACCACCGCCUCCUCCGACGAGAAGCCCGACCUCCUGACGCACAUGAUCCUCGAAUCCCGCGCCAUCGGCGACCCCUGGCCCGAGGCCAAGAUCCUCGAGAACGCCAUGAACGUGCUGGUCGCCGGCCACGAGACCUCGGCCACGACGCUGACCUGGGCCACGCACACCUUCACCCUGUACCCGCACAUCCAGGACCGCGCCCGGCGCGAGGUCCUCGAGCUGCUGGCGCGCAAGCCCGACCCGGACUACAUGGACCUCGACGGCCUGCGGUACAUCGACAACAUCAUCAAGGAGACGCUGCGCUUCUACGCGCCGGGCGUGCUGGCCGCCCGCGAGCCCCUCGACGACAUCGACGUCUGCGGCACCGUCCUGCCCAAGGGCACGCUGUGCUACCUCUUCCCGGCCCUCGUCACCCGCAGCGCGCGCAUCUGGGGCGACGACGUCGACGAGUUCAACCCGGACCGCUGGGACCGCCUCGAGGGCGAGGCCGCGAACCCGCACGCCUUCGCGACCUUCCUCGUCGGGCCGCGCCAGUGCAUCGGCAAGGUCUUUGCCCUGCUCGAGAUCAAGGUGCUCCUGGUCGAGAUGCUGAGCAACUUCAAGUUCGAGGCCGCCGUCGACCCGGAGGACAUUGUGCUCGUGAACCCGAGCCCCGUGCUGCGGCCCCAGGGCGGCUUGAAGGUCCGGGUCAGUCCUUUGAGAACGACCGACGUCUAG